CUCUAAUUAUAUGAUAACUUGAUAAGUAAUACUUAUUUCAAAGCAAUAAUUAUUGUUCUUUUUUACAGUAUGGCUGAUUAGUCUAUGACACGCUCACACGCAUGGCCGUACCUGUUCCCAUUUUAGAUCAUCUCCCGACUCUAGUUGCAUGUAUCUUUCUGAGAUUAUGAAUUUUUCUGUAGAGUCUAAAGUAUAUAACUAUAAAGGCACAGAAAAUUAUCAUGAACUACAAUGCAGAUGAACCUAAGUCCAUUUACUACUUCAUAGCUGCUAGUCAAUUACAUAUCUUGGGUGAUUGUGGCAGAGAAAACACUUGCAUUCAAAAUGCUAAUGUCCAUCAGAUAAUUACAAUAUCCUCACAUUCUUCAUCUGAUCUGCUGCAAGCUACACAUGAUUAAAAUGGGCAUUGUUCAUUCAUGCACAAUAUAAGGUAGGCUGAUCUGUGAAUAGAUGUUUCAAAAUCCUCAAAAAAGUAUUUUAAGGUUAAAUCUUGCAUUUCUGUUCAACCUUCUAGUUUGACUUAGUUUGCUUCUUCACUAUAGUUUUUUUUUUCUAGUUCCUCUGCUGCUUGCUUAUUUUCCAUGUCAUAUGGAGUUGGCCAGUAAAGGGCCACAACUUGAAUGAAACUUAUGAUCUAAGAGGUAGAGAGAUGCAAAAUGUAUGCUAGUAGCUACUGUAGCCUCAUAAGUAAAGCAGGAUCAUUUGGUCCCAUAGGCUUGUCAUUUUCAACUGCACGCAUAUAAAAGCGAGACUAGUCAACAAUUUAAGUUGUGUGUUUGAUUUUUCUUCCUGGUUUUUUAACCCUUUUAUCUCUUUUUUUAAGCAAAGCAAUCCUUUUAUCUGAACUCACAACAAAAUUUGAAAGGGAAAGUUCCCUGCAUACUCCCUCCGUUCUUUUUUAUAUGACACCAUUGACUUUUUUCUUCAACUUUGACCAACAUUAUUUAAUUAAUCAGUUAGUUAAAUGAAAUGAAAUGAGUACCUUUACGUCUAUUAUCAAGAGUCUCUUGAAUCUAACUUGAAGAUUUGGCUAUUUGCAUAAAUAUUUGUAGAAAAGACGAAUAGUCAAACGAAGAAAAAAAAGUCAAUGGUGUCAUAUAUUUAAGAACGGAGGGAGUACAAAGCAUAACUCACAUGUAUACUGAAGCGAGCAGAAGAAACCAUGUAGGAGUAAAAAGACUGUAGGACAAGAGCUGUGCAGAUGGGUUCCUGCACUUUAACCCGUGGUCUCUUGAUCAAAGAUCUCAGGAAAAGACUCCAAAGAAAACUCAUAAGGCUGAACGAGAGAAGCUCAAGCGUGAUCAGUUGAAUGAGCUUUUUCUUGAGCUCGGCAGUAUGCUAGCACUUCAGCCUGUUCGGCUGGGCAUAAGUGGCUGGGCUGGAGCUGCCAGCCAACCAGCUCCAGCCAGAACCGCCCUGCCGCCCUGCCUGUCUCUCGCCGCCCGCCCACGGCUGCCGUCGCUGCUGCCGCCCACCGCUGUAGUGCCUGCGGCCCUGCCUGUCCCUCACCGUCCGCCCACAGCUGCAGUCACUGCUUCCAUUCCAUCAGCCGGCUCCAGCAGCAGCUCAAGCACAGCCACUUAUGCCCAGCCGAACAAGCGCUCAGAAAAUUGUUGCUGAUGUACCAUGCAGUCGUCUAUUCUGAUGGGAGUGCCAUCUGCUCAACGGCAUACUUAUGAUGCUAUCUGCUUUGCAUCAUGCGCCAUAAAAUAUUAUUGCAUAAUCAUUAUCGUGUCGUCCUGUUGUUUGCAGAACAUUGCCUUAGUUUUACAGUUUUGUACGUUAGGGUUGUUGGUUUGGCUAUAAAUAACUAAGGCACUGAUCAACACAGUUCUGCUAUUACAGAUCUUGAUCGACAAAAUACAGGAAAAGCUACAGUAGUAGGUGAUGCUGCGCGAGUACUGCGAGAUCUGGUCACUCAAGUAGAAUCUCUCAGAAAGGAACAAUCUGCUCUCCUAUCGGAACGUCAAUAUGUCAGUUCAGAGAAGACCGAGCUGCAAGAGGAGAACGCUACACUCAAAUCCCAAAUAUCAGAACUAGCAAACAAGCUCUGUGUAAGGAUGGGGAAUAGCAGCCUUGGGAUGUCACAUCGAGUGGCGAACACGAGAAGUCCUGAUCUGGCGACUCACCCCAUGCCACAUCAGAUGUGGAGCAACAUUCCUAAUAUAAUCUCGGUGGACAUAACACGCCAAAUGAAUACAGUAUCACCGCUGCACAGUCAACAUCACUCUGCCAAUGAUGCUGAAGUUUAUGCACCGCGGCCUCAGGAGUUGCAGCUCUUUCCAGGGGCGUCGUCGUCACCAGAGCGUGAAGGUUCCCAUCUCAGAAGUGCAGGAGCCACGUCUCCAAGCCUGAUCGAUUCUUUGCCAAGUCAGCUUUGCUUGAGCCUUACACAAUCAUCUCAAGAUGAACGCACCAGUGAUGUAUUGGUUGACAGAAAAGAACGACGAAACAGUUAGCAGAUUGCUGAUAGAGUGAUAGAUGUUGGAAUCAGUAUUUGGUGGUAGUGAGAUUGUCCUGUAAGGCUGUAAAUACCGAGAAUCCCUUACUGAUUCAGAAAUCAUGUUAUAGAUGCCCUGUACUAUUCUACAAACUCCCUAUGCUCGCCUUUAGUUCUGAUGCUGAUCAUCAAACUGAUUCAGACUUAAUGUUAAUAGUUACUAUGCACUCAAUUGUGGGUGUGGCUGAUGCUUCUUCUGCAAAUUUCCAGUCAUUUUUUCCUACACUUCUGAUACAUGCGGAUCAAACUUGCAUUCCUUUUUUUUAGCACGUACUUGGUGGGGGCGUGAAGCAACGGGGCCCUUCCAAAGUUCCACCCAACCUUUCUGCAUGUUUCGUUGUCGGCUCCAGCGGCGGUGGUCAACGUCAACCUCGCCGGCCGGCUACCUGGCAAAGCCGCCAUGGUCACCGUUGUUGACCGCCAUGGUCAGCAUGUGCAAGCUCGUCUAGCGCUGUCCUCCACUCUCUCAGUGGGAUGCUUCUGCUGUCGUGUGGCUUAAAUACAGGUGCUCCGCGCUUCCAUCUCGAUCGCAUCAGGCACCACCACAGUCACCACAAUGGCGGCGUUCCGGCGGCUUCCGUGCAGGCUCCUCCUCGCUCUCCUCUUCUCCGUGCUGGCGGUGGGGUCGUCGCUCGCCGCCACGGGCCCCGGCGACAUCGCCGUGUUCUGGGGCCGGAACAAGGACGAGGGCACGCUGCGCGAGGCCUGCGACACGGGCGCCUACACCGCCGUCCUCAUCUCCUUCCUCACCGGCUUCGGCGGCGGCGGCGCCAACACCUCCUACUCGCUCGACCUCUCGGGCCACCCGCUCGCCGGCGUCGGCGCCGACAUCAAGCACUGCCAGUCCAAGGGCAUCCUCGUGCUGCUCUCCAUCGGCGGGCCGGCCGCAGCCGGCAACAACGCCAGCCACUCCCUCCCCACGCAGCGGUCCGCCGCGGAGCUCGCCGCCCACCUCUGGGACGCCUACCUCGGUGGCGCCCGCCCCGGCGUGCCCCGCCCGUUCGGCGACGCGGCGCUCGACGGCGUCGACUUUUACAUCGACGACCAGCAGGGCGCCGGCCACUACGACGAGCUCGCCAGGCGCCUGAGCGCCCGCGGCCGGAGCUACCGCGGCCGGCCCGGCGGCGUGACGCUGACGGCGACGGUGCGGUGCGCGUACCCGGACCCCGGCCUCGCGGCGGCGCUCGCGACGGGGCUCUUCGCCCGCGUCCACGUCCGGCUCUACGGCGGCGACCUGCGGUGCGAGUGGGGGCAGUUCGACUCGUGGAACAAGUGGGCGGCGGCGUACCCCGGCAGCCGGGUGUUCGUCGGCGUGGUGGCGUCGCCGGAGGCGGACCAGGACGCGUACCUGUUCCAGAAGGACCUCUACUACGGCAUCCUGCAGUUCGCCGAGAAGGUGCCCAACUACGGCGGCCUCAUGAUCUGGGACAGGUACUACGACAAGAUCAACCACUACAUCAGCAGCAGCUAAUUAAACCUCAAUUCCGAUUUCCGACCAUGUCCACUCAGCUAAACUUCAGCUCAAUCUCUUCUAGUAAUGAUCACUCAACAAGUGUGUUAUGCACAAAAUAAAAUGGAGGAAGAAGAAUAAACUGUUAUGGAACAGGGCGUGUAUAUCAUGCAUGUGUUCAAUGUUUCUUGUGACUUUAUUUCUAUGGAAACUUCAAUCCGGGUCAUCGGAUCAACAUCCAAGGGGCAUGGGAGAUUGAGUAA